AUGGUAAACAUCCACAACAAAACAUGUUCGUUAUUCGGUGUGGAUCAUUUCAUUACGAUGUUUCUCUCCAUACUGCCGCUUCUGCUAGACGCAGCUUGCGCGAGUCCUGAGGGGUAUUGGGGCCACACACAGAAAGCGGUGCCGGCCAAGUUUCGUCUUGGCAAUCGAUACUACAUAGAUGUUGACAACAUUGGCAACUAUCGAAUCUUCGAACCUAUCGCUAUAUACCUUGAUGCAACGACUGUCGCGUUCGGGAAAUUCAAGGAGGACAGUGACUGUGUUAUAUUUGGCACUCCUAGAACUGUAUUGGAAAAAUGUAACCACGAAUACUUCCUCCUGACGGCGAAUUACUAUUAUUAUGAAAGAAGACCGUUGUACGAAGCAAUGAGGGAUAAGCCGUGUGAAUACUUCAAAAUUCGCAAUUAUGUUUUGGUUCUCAUCAAGGAUGAUGUAAAGGAUCCAAAAUCCGUCAAAUAUGUGGGCACCUAUUCAGUGAAGGCAGAUGCUGUGUACUACACUGACAAAGAGGGUAAAAGGAACUCCUUCAAGCGCUUAUUAGUACAGAUCAAGUCAGGAGACGUCGGCAUGGCCAAGAUUGAAGUGCUUUCCAUUGCAACUAUACGAUCGCUGAGAUUCAUCAUUACAAGAAGGUCGACUUUGGAUAGCAUCACACAGGUAGCUCCUCCGCUACAUUCAGAAGAUAAAGAUGCAACAAUGUCUUCCGAUAAUGGUUCAGCUCUAAUCAUGCUUGACACAUAUGCAGUGGGACAGGCAUAUUCAGUGCAACAGAUCAGUGGGCAUAUCAAAGCAAAUUCAACUUUGGACGAUUUACAUGCUGCACAAAUGCAACAUUCGACAGCAAAAGCUAAGCGGAUGGCAUGCAAACGAUCUAACGAAACCCAAAGCGAGCGCGAUGCACGCCUCGCUACUCUUAGAGAACCGGAACAGAAGCGAUCAUUGCGAUCAUGUGGAGAACAGUGUUGCAUGAUUGCUAAUACUUCUCAACAAGAUGACUCCCACUUUGUGGAAAAUUCUUUCACCUCGUCCCUCAACAUACAAACCAAUCCCCUUGAAGGCAAGCAUUCAGGAACACCUACUGUUGACUCUGUUACUAUGUUUCCGGAGGAUUCUGCAACUCAGGCAUCACUUGAAAUGGAAGUGGGUUCUUCCGUCACAAUGCCAGCGUCUUACAGUAUUUUAAAAGCUAAAGUCCGCAGAGGCAAUAUUGGAAAGAUCAUGAGCUCGGAUACGUUUGAAACUAAAGCAAAUAGAGGCGUUAUGAAGCAUUUACAGGAAAUAGUCAUUUCUGAACAGCAAAUUCGUCCAACUGCUCAAGGAAGUGCUUGCGUUUCAGAGGCAGACGCUGUUACUAGUGCUCAAGGCAUACGGAAGAGAAGCAGAGGAGCAUCAGCCCAAGUUGCGCGAAGACUUUUCGAAACCGAAUUACAAAGAAACGAACGUCUUAAAGCAAACGAAGCAAGACGAAGGCGGCGAACAGCAUUCGAAGCCGAACAGGAAAGGAUGUUUCAGGUAUCUAUCAACAAAAUGCUUUAA